AUGCAUUUGGUCCGUAAAAUAGAGGUCCUUGUCCAAAUGCACUCUGUGGGGAUCUGCGGAUCGGACGUCCACUACUGGAAGGCUGGCCGGAUCGGUGAUUUCAUCGUGAAAAAUCCGAUGGUCCUCGGUCACGAGGCAUCAGGAAUCAUCCACCAGGUUGGGCCCAAUGUGCACCACCUCAAAGCAGGGGACCGUGUGGCCAUCGAACCGGGAAUCCCAUGUCGACUUUGUGACUUCUGCAAGUCGGGUCGCUACAACCUCUGCCCUGACAUUGUGUUCUGUGCUACACCCCCUGUCCAUGGAAACCUGUGUCGAUUCUACAAACAUGCUGCUGACUUCUGCUACAAGCUGCCAGAUCAUGUGACGAUGGAGGAGGCAGCCUUACUGGAACCAUUGAGUGUGGGUGUCCAUGCAUGUCGACGAGCGGGAGUGACCCUGGGUUCUGACGUCCUUAUUUGCGGGGCCGGACCCAUCGGGCUGGUAAAUGUCCUCACAGCCAGAGCCAUGGGAGCCAGGAGAAUUGUCAUCACAGAUGUAAAGGAAGAUCGUUUGGAAAUGGCCAAGCAGCUGGGAGCUCAUCAUGUCAUCAAUGUGGGCUCUGGGAAGUCCCUCGACACCAUCACAUCAGAAGUGGAGAAGGCAUUCGAUGGAGAAAAGCCUGAGAAGACCAUUGAAUGCAGCGGGGCAGAGGCCUGCAUCCGCAUGGGGAUCCGCUGCACCCGUAGCGGAGGGACGCUGGUCCUUGUCGGCCUGGGACCACCUGAGGUGUCCGUUCCGCUCGUGGAUGCUGCCGUUCGGGAAGUGGACAUUCGGGGCAUCUUCCGUUAUGCCAACUGUUACCCGACGGCCCUGGACAUGGUUGCUUCGGGUCUGGUGAACGUGAAGCCGUUGGUCACUCACCACUUCCAGCUGGAGGAAAGCAUCAAGGCCUUCGAGACCGCCCAUGCUGGGGCUCCGGGAACCAUCAAGGUCAUGAUCCAUUGUCAUCGGGAGGGCUGAGUCGCUGUCUUCACCUGUGCUUUUCUUGUAUGCAUUCUGCUAUGGCCUUUGUUUUAUAGGCUUUUUCAUUAGUGCUUUUUUCAGUUCAUUAUCUCAGCUUUUUUCAUGAGUAAUAAAAUCCUGCAAACUUCAUCAGAGCUACUUGACUGGAUGUUUCACAGGGGUUUCAAUCAUGCUGGUUUUGGUGUAGGUCCAUAAAGGGGUACAUAAGGAAUCCAUUCAUAACAUUCACUCUUCAUACAUGGGUAGUUGUAGGAGGAUUUGUGAGAUGUGGGG